AUGCCAACAGCCGUCAAAUCAACAAGCAACACCACGCCGGUCUUCUUCUUCAGCCAUGGUAGUACCAUGAUGUUGGGUGAGCAGAGCACACCUGCAGCCUACUGGGAACAGAUGGGUCGUGGGGCAAUGCGACGCGGCAUCAAGCGUGUCAUCAUGAUGGGAGCCCACUGGGAAUCACCCACCGACGAGAUUCUCGUCGCCGCUAACCCUACCAACCCCAAGAAGCAACCUGUAGCAUGGGUUGAGCCCUCUCGCUACGUUGACUACAAAAUCAACAGCUCUCCUAAGCUCGCGGACGCUGUCGUCACGCGCUUGCGACAGAAUGGCAUCAAGUCGAAACUCGAUCCCGAACUCGAAUGGAUCCACGAUACUUUUAUCGUCCUCUGCUGGAUGUUUCCUGCUACCACUGAGCAUCCUCAAGGCCAGUGUCCCGAGGUCACCGUCAUAUCAGGUCUCUCGGUAUACAAUGCCCCUCUGAUCGUCGAUGUCGGGAAAGCUCUGCGAGCAUUCCGCGAACAAGACACCCUCAUCAUUGGCACGGGCGGUACUGUUCACAACCUUUACCGAAACAAUUGGAAGCAAGUCACGCUUUUCCGCGACAACUUUGCCCAGCAACUGCCACCUGCUAAGUGGGCGCUUGACUUCAGGACCGAGGUUGAAGAUGCUAUCGUCAAGAACUCACGGCCGGCGCUUGGCAAAGCAGUCCUGAGGCUGAUGCGACAUCCGCUCUACCGAGAUGCACACGCAACAGACGACCAUUAUGCUCCUCUCUUGUUCGUAGCAGGCGCAGCUGGGUCGCCGAAGGACAAGGGAAAGAAGAACAAGAUCACCGGAGAAUGCUGGGAACUUCAAAAUAUGUGCAAUUCUCAAUUCCAGUUCGGCAGUUGGUAG